CCCUGAGGGGGCCGUGGGACCAGUUUCUCCCUCCCUCUCUCUGUAUCUUUAAGAUCCCCUCCUCCACCUUGUCCCUCCAGCCCCUCCCCAUCUCCUGCUCACUCGCUCGAGCUCUGCCUCCGCCGCUGGGCUCUGCCUGACUCGCCGCCUCGCCAGGCUCCCUGGACCAGCAGCCAUGGCCGACAUGAAAACGGGCAUCUUCGCCAAAAACGUCCAGAAACGGCUGAACAGGGCGCAGGAGAAGGUACUUCAAAAGCUGGGGAAAGCUGAUGAAACAAAAGAUGAACAGUUUGAAGAAUAUGUUCAAAACUUCAAACGACAAGAGGCGGAAGGUUCCAGGCUCCAGAGAGAGCUACGCGGAUAUUUAGCUGCCAUCAAAGGCAUGCAAGAGGCCUCUAAGAAGCUUACAGAGUCUCUUCAUGAAGUAUAUGAGCCCGAAUGGUAUGGCCGGGAAGAUGUGAAAAUGGUUGGAGAGAAAUGUGAUGUGCUCUGGGAAGACUUUCAUCAAAAGCUGGUGGAUGGAUCAUUGCUGACCCUGGACACAUACCUGGGACAGUUUCCUGAUAUCAAAACUCGCAUUGCAAAGCGAAGCAGAAAGCUGGUGGACUAUGACAGUGCAAGACAUCACUUGGAAGCCUUGCAGAGCUCAAAAAGAAGAGAUGAAAGCAGAAUUACAAAGGCAGAAGAAGAGUUUCAAAAAGCACAGAAAGUGUUUGAAGACUUUAAUAUUGAUUUACAAGAAGAGCUUCCAUCUCUAUGGUCAAGACGAGUUGGCUUCUACGUGAACACUUUCAAAAAUAUAUCCAGCCUUGAAGCCAAAUUUCACAAGGAAAUUGCUUUGCUAUGCCACAAACUGUAUGAGGUGAUGACCAAGUUGGGAGAUCAGCAUGCUGACAAGGCCUUUACCAUCCAAGGAGCACCCAGUGACUCAGGUCCACUCCGUAUUGCGAAAACACCAUCACCCCCUGAGGAGGCCUCUCCCCUGCCUAGCCCUUCAUCUAGUCCCAGUCAUACACUGGCACCUGUUUCAUCUCCUGCACCAGCUCGGCCUAAAUCACCUUCACAGUUGAGGAAAGGGCCUCCUGUCCCACCGAUGCCUAAACUCACACCCACAAAGGAGCUGCAGCAGGAGAAUAUCAUCAGCUUCUUUGAGGACAACUUUGUACCAGAAAUCAGUGUGACGACUCCUUCACAGAAUGAAGCUCCUGAAGCUAAGAAAGAGGAAUGUUUGCUAGAUCUGGACUUUGACCCUUUCAAGCCAGAAGUGGUAUCAACAGGAAUAACCCUAACCCACUCACCCAUGUCUCAGACAUUGCCCUGGGAUUUAUGGACGACAAGCAGUGAACUGGUGCAGCCGGCAUCCAGCAGCACAUUUAAUGGAUUCACACAGGACACUUCUCUAUUCACAGUACAAUCAAAUCAGAAUGUGGUAGAUAACUUGAUUGAGGCAGAAGAAGCUCCAUCUUUGGAACCCCAGGCUGAAGAACCCCUCUCUCCCCCUGCUGCUGCACCUGUUGCUGCUCCUGUUGCUGCCACUGCUCCUGUUGUUGCCGUUGUUCCUGAACAGGAAGCUCUGCCUGCUGAACCUAGUGAGCCAGCAAAGGAAGCUGUGCAGGAGGCUGUUACAGCAGGUGAAAAGGAGGCAACUGGGAUUGCUGAGGAAAGGAGUGAGAUGGCUGUAACUGAAGAUGCAGGUGCAGUUGAAAAUGUUGUUGUAACUGAAGCCAGUGAAGGUGCUGCUGCAGCUGAAACAGCCGAUGAAGGUGACAAACCUAAAAUAGAAGAGAAGGAAGCAGAGGUGGCUCAGGAGAAAGUCAGCAGCAUCCCUUCACUAGUAAUAGAGCCAGCAUCAAACAACGAAGGGGAGGGAGAGGAACAUGAAAUCAUAGUGAAUGAAUCCAAAGAUGUUGUGGAACAUGUUGGCAUUCAGGGCAUUGAAAGUGAUGCCAGUGAACUUUCCCAGGUUGUAACUGAGCAGAAAACCAUUGAAGAAAUCCAAACUACAUCCUCUGAAGAACAGCCUGUGUCAGCAGAUGAUGCAGCCCAUGGAAUGCCACCUGGCUUUCUCUUUAAGGUUGAAGUGCUACAUGAUUUUGAGGCAGCUAAUACUGAUGAGCUUAACUUAAAACGAGGAGAUACUGUACUAGUAAUCCCUUCUGAGGCCACAGAUGACCAGGAGGCUGGCUGGCUGACAGGCAUUAAAGAAUCUGAUUGGCUGCAGUACAGAGAUGCAGUAACCUAUAAGGGACUUUUCCCAGAGAACUUCACAAAGCCCUUGGAGUAGUUCUCAGCUCAGGCAUAACAGUGUUAUAAGAAGCUCAGUUGGUAGGUUUUUAAAUCUCUUUGAAACACAGGAACCCACUUUUGUAGUUAAACUGCUAAUGGUUUACAGACUGGUGCCAGACAAAGCUUGGUGAAACACAUCAAGUGAGCAUGAAUGCAAACAGUUAAGUUAGCACUGUCUGAAGCAGUAUAUGAAAAAAUGUAUUAAGAGAAAUGUCCUUAUUCGUUCACACGUAUGUGGCAACGGGUUUGUUUGUGCUUUGUCAGAGCUAUGGUGAUCCUGUAUUUGAUCCUUUCCCAUGAAAUCUAAAAUUAGCCUCCUCACUACAAGAACCUUAACUUCUCUGCACUAAGUGUAUUGUAUUGACUUGCUGCACUACAGAAGAUUUUACUAGUAAUCCUUUAGUAAUGAGGUCAAAUUAAGUUGUGUUUAAAAAAAUGAACUGCUGCAAAGUUUUUCAAUGUUAUUUUUGAACAUAUAUACACAUAUAUGCUUGUGUGUAUAUAAGUGCAUACAGAUACAUAUGCAUUAACAUGUUACCUUCCAUUGUAGUUCUUUGACUCUGUAGUAUCAUUAAUAGAUGCAUUGCUCUUACAAGGUCUGGCAUUACAGUAAAUAGCUUUGUUCCAAAACAAAGCUAGCUGCUCCAUUGCCAAAAACGUUAUACAGUAUCUGUGUUUGUAAUGUGAAAUUUUCAUUCUGAGAUGAACAGUUAUAACCAUCAUAUAAUUGCUGCUAAAACAUUGGAAGGCAUGGCUCAGUCUCCUCUAUUUCUAGCUGCAAUAGUUUGAGAUUGUGUGGAUAGAGUGGUUAUAAUGCUAAUUAAAGUAUAAAUUGGCUGAAUUAUGAAAACAAAAAAUAUCUAAGAAGGACAGAAACAAUAUAUUUUCACUAUAUGUAUUUAUGCAGCACACCAUCACAGAUCCUUUUAAAAUAAGGUAUAUAAUGUAUCAUGUAUCAAGAAAUCAUCUGUAAACUAUUAUGUUUUUCAGUGUUCUGUCAUUCACAAUAAACCUUUGAUCCAAAAGAAGCUGGUUUUGAGAAUGUUUUUGAAGUUUGGUUAAAUUGGAUUAAUAUAAUCCUAACACAGUUCCUCCUCCCCACCAAAGAUAUUCAGCACAACAGAUACCCAUAUGUGUGAGUUCUAGCACAAACCAUCUCAUACCUGCUCUUCAAACAGAAUUAAUUUGUCUUAGA